ACCUUUGUCUCCCACUGGCGGAGCGGCGAUGCCCAGCGCUGCCCGGCCGCCAGCUGCAAUGUAAUGUGUGUGGUUCUGUGCAUGUUGCAACUGGAUCCUUAUGUCCAACCCCGAGAGAACUUGUUAUUCUUAUUGCUACCAUUUGCGAGGGCUCUCCCUUCUUGCCUAUAACCUCCCUCCUCCCCCAAUGUUAUUUUGUUUUCAUUUUUAAACGUUUCAUUAAUUUAAAAUAAUAAAAAUGCGGUGUAAUUCUCCCUGUCAAGUUGAAGAAAUGGAAGAAUCACGUAACGUUGAAAUCAUUGGCAUUUAUGAGUCAAUAUUAGAAAGGAAACGUCAUGACAGUGAAAAAUCCUCUGGCAGUCCACUGGAGCAGAAUGAUAUUGAAGCUGUGGAGGCUCUUGUUUGUAUGAGUUCCUGGGGACAACGGUCACAAAAAGGGGAUCUCGUGAAAAUUCGACCACUUACACCCGCUUCAGACACAGAUUCUGUGCACUGUGAAUCUGUUCCAAUGCUGCAGAGGGACUACCAUUCUUUUUCAUUCCUCUGUAUGACACCACCGCAUAGUCCUGGUGUUGUUGAAUCAGCCAAUGCUCCACCAGUGCCACAAAUGACCUACACAAAGCUCACGACUGUCACUGCAAACGGUGGAGUCCAUGCAGUCAAUGCCAUGGCCGUGAAGCCGUCUUUGGUGAACAUUCACGAGUUUUCCUGUCGGGGACCUCCGGUGGUUGAAUGGACAGGGGCGGCGGCGGCUGCACCUCAUUGCCGGUCAGUGGCCACCAGCGUCAUCCGGCACACAGCCGACAAUUCGCCGUGCGGUCACGUUCCUUCGCCGCCGCUGACCGAGAGACCCCGCUCGAGCCUCCAAAGCCUUGGGACGAAGGCCAAAGGAAGAGCAGCAAUUCAGUGCAGGCACACUAAGGAGAUACGUUCGGCCUCAGGCGUUGAGAGCAGAAACUGUUUGCAGCAGAACUUCAAGUUAGCUUGCAAGGAGCUGCGGCCAGCAAUCUUCCCCCUCACACCGUCUUGUACAACAAACAAAAUUGAAACUGAACAACAAAACCCAGCCAGGUCUUUGCCCCCUGUGGUGAACACUCCUGUUAUCUGUCAGAUGUUGCCCAUGAAGGGGGGAGGAAGAGACGGAACAGGGGGAGGAGGAGGAGGAAGUAGCAUAAUUUCAGCCUUGAUCCAAACACCAAGCAACUGUGCAAACCCAAUGUUUUCCCACACUGCUCCAGUUUCUCAACGGCUUCUGGUGGGAACGUCAGUGUCACAGGGGACUGUGAUGUUUGUGCUGCCGCAGCCCACUCUAACAUCACCAUCUCCUGUUCAGCAGGCCAUAAUGACAGUCGGGAACACCAAGCUGCUGCCCCUGGCUCCCGCCCCAGUCUUUGUCUCGUCCGGCCAAAACUGUGCACCGCAGAUGGAUUUCUCUCGGCGGCGUAACUACAUAUGCAAUUUUACUGGAUGCCGGAAGACCUACUUCAAGAGUUCACACUUAAAAGCACAUCUCCGAACUCACACAGGCGAGAAACCAUUUAACUGCAACUGGGAAGGAUGUGACAAAAAGUUUGCUCGCUCAGAUGAACUGUCACGCCACCGCAGGACUCACACCGGAGAGAAGAAGUUCAUGUGCCCCGUCUGUGAUCGGCGCUUCAUGCGCAGCGAUCACCUCACCAAGCACGCACGUCGACACAUGACCACAAAGAAAGUCCCCAACUGGCAGGCCGAGGUCAACAAGCUGAACAAGAUAGCUAUCUCCGCACCUUCGGCCAUCUCUGUGAAAAACGUACUGCUUCCUCCAACAACGUCCACCUGAAUGAGAUGACUUGCUGACAAAAUUUGCACUAAGUGAGUUAUCAACAGGAACUGAAGCAGCCGCUGACUGACGUCUGAUGAGUGCUCGCGUAUCUCUGAACGCCAUAUGCUUUACCGCACUCUCAAAGUAUAACUUUAUCUUUCCGAUGUAUGCGAGUGGUAAGGACAUCUUUAUAAACAGGUUGAACAUCAAAAUCUGGCGCACAUAAGGUUGGAUUUCCCCUCAUUUGUAAUGCACGGAGCACAGGGAAAUUCUAUCAUGGAAAAUUCUCAUUAUAUUCUAAACAUUUUAAGUGUAUUGUAAAUAGUAUUUGCUAUGCACAUUGUAUACUUCCUCUAUUUAAUAAAAUAAUUUUCAUGUAUGA